AUGACGACACAGAAGGCGACGGUUUCGAAGGGAAACAGCGAACCGUCGGCAGCAGCCACGAGUGUCAAAGGGAAGACGCCUCUUACUAAAGCGCAGGGCAAACGGCCUCUUGAAGAAUCGCCCGCGGAGACAAAGGCCCAAGCCGCGCGCUGUUCAAAGGUUACGAAGGAUCCGGCGACAAAGCUACCAGCGACGAAGCAGCCAGCGACGAAGCAACCAGCGACAAAGCCGUCGGCGACAAAGCUAUCAGCGAAGAAGGAGCAGGCGACGAAGCAGCAGGCGACAAAACAGCAGGCGACGAAGCAGCAGACGAUGAAGCAGCCGGCGACAAAGCAGCCUGCGACAAAGGAGCAGGCGACGAAGGAGCAAGUCGCGAAGCAGGGACCGUCGUCGUCGUCGUCGCCACCGUGUCAAUCGGCUCAAGACCGAUCCAAGAUCUUGAAAGCACCAUUUCUUGCACUUUGUCCCGUCGCCGUCGCACGGGCUACUGAACACGGCGAAGCGGCAGCUCAUUUUUUUAACGUGCCAUUCGUUUCCCUCACUUGUCUUGCCCCGUGGCAGGCGCUGCUGAACAUGGCGAAGCGGCAGCCCAAGAGCCCCGAGGUGCAUUUCUUCCUCGCGCUGCACUUUCUCCGCGAGCACCAACCCGCCAAGGCGUUGAGCGCGUUUGAGGCCGCAGCAGCAGCAGUGGCAGCGCUGCCGGAGGAGAGGAUGUCUCAGCCCAGGAGAGACCUGCACUCUGCCGCUCACCGCCACAUGGCGCAGAGGAAGUUUGAGGGGGAGGGAGAGGAAGAGUGCGGUACGGAUGGGUUGGAUGGGUUACUCGGACUGGCUGGGUUGGCGGAGGAGGAAGUGGAGGGGAGGGAGGCGAAGCGAGUGUGCAGUGCUCUGGACAUGUUUGCUGCUGUGGCUGACCUUGAACUGAGGAGGGAGGAGAGGUUGAGGGAGGAGGCGGCAUGCAAGUUGCGUGAAGAGAGUUUGGAACAGGCGGAGAUGGAAGGGGAGGUAGAGGGGGAAGGUGCUGGUGUGCAGAUGGGUGGAGAGGUGCGGGUGGAGGUGGGAUGCGGUGGAGAUAUCGAUCCGUCUGCUGCUGCCACUGGUGCUGCUGCUUCUGCGAAUGCUGCUGCUGCUGCUGCUGCUGGUGAUCCAGGUGCUACUGUUGAUGCUCCGAUUGGCACCGCUAUGGAGGCUACGGACGUUGCAGAGCAGUCACUGGGAAUACCACCUGCUGCUGCUGCUUCUCCGCCCGGCGUCGCCAUUGCUGCGAUUGACGGGAGCAACUGCAGUGGUGCUGGUGAUGAUGGUGCUGCUGGUGCUGGUACUGCUGGUAACCACCUGGAGGAGCAGCAAGUGGGGGAAUCCCCAGCAGGAGGAGAGGGAGCUGAGCUUACCCCAUGCUCUGGUGACGUUGAAGGCAGUGGAGCUCUGGAUGCGACUGGGGCUCUGAAGAAAGCAGCGGAAAGAGGGGGGAUGGCUGCCACCAAUCACCUCGCUGUCAUGCUCCUGCUGUAUGGGCGAACAGAGAAUGCCCUCGAAGUUCUGUCACAACAGCUGGCAAGCGUUGAAGCUGGCACAGGCAGUGACGGUGUUCGCAGCACUGUCAGCACAGCAAGCCCUACCGCUCCCGUUGACACAGACACUCUCGCCAACCUAGGAGCUGCCCUGCUGCAUGUGGGGAGGUACGAGCAGGCUGCGGCAUGCCUGCAGGCAGUGCUGCAGAGGGAGCCGCAGCACCCUGCUGCUCUCUGCUCCUACUCCGCCUUGCUGCUUGCCACACAGCGGCACCACAGCAGAGGACCCAGCCAUUUGUGGCAGCAGGAGCAAUUGCAGCAGCGGCAAGACGAAGAGGAGGGUACUGUGGUUGUUGGUGCUGUGACUGAUGUGACGAAGACAGAAGGAGGGGUGUUGACUCCAACGGGAGCAGCAACGGGCACAGCAGGAGGAGAGGCAAGCACAGAGGAAGGAGAUGGAACUGUAGCAGUAUCAGCGGCUGCAGUAGACGCAGCAGGGGUGUCAGCGCAGCAGUGUGCAGCAGCAGCAGUGCAGCUGCUACCGAGUUGUGCCUUCCUGUGGUGCAACCUUGCCCACGCCGCCACCCGCACAGGCAGCUGGAAGCAGGCCGCAAAAUGCAUGACCCAGGCUUUGAAGCUGCAGCCAUCCAGUGCGCCUCUGCGCUUCGCAGCAGCGGCCCACCGCAUCGCCACUGCUACCGCUGCCCCUCUGCCUCUCGCCCUCGCCUCCCAGCACAUCCGCUGCGGCGUUGCAGAGAUGGCAGAUGCGGUGGGACUUCCGGAACUGGCUUAUAGGUCAAAUGGUGAUGGUUCUGCGAUCGUGUUUGGAUCUCGUGCUGCUGCCGGUGCUGCUGGUGGUGAUGCAGUUGGUGCUGCUGCUGGUGCUGCUGGUGCUGCUGGUGCUGGUGGUGCCUUAGGUGGUCGUGGUCGCAAAUGCAUGCUGGGCCAUGUGCCUGAGUGGAUGGCGUGGGAUGCAGUCGCUCAUGCACACGCAGCCCUUGAAUGGAGAGCGCUCCGGGAGAUUGUGACUAAAUCGGGCGCGUUUGUGGUGGAAGAGGAGGCGCGGUUGACUGUAACAGGGUGUUCUGACGGAGGGAGUGCACAGGAGGGGUUGGGGGUUGAGGGGGAGUUUGAGAGGGGGGAGACAGGAAAUCGGUUUGUGGCGCUGGUUGGUGUGGCCUCAGGGGGUGAGGGUGGGGAUGGGAAGGAGGACGAGGAGAAGAGGUGCCAAGAAGAGGAGGAGGAGGGAUUUGGGAGCGGGGAUGGGAAUGGGAGUGGGGAGGUGGUAGACCAGGAGCUGGCAUGUGUAGUGGUGCAGGCAGAGGAACUAAAGAUUGCAGCGUGGAAGAAACAGUCGCUGAUGGCAGCAGCAGGGCUGGGAACUGGAGCCCAUCAGCUGGGCGUGCAUGCACUGCACUCUGCCAUUCCCUCACUUGGUUCUGACAUGGGAGAUGGCACCACAAUGGGCGGUGCUGCUGUGGGGAUGGGAGAUGCUACUGGUACAAUUGAGCUGUCUUCCACGGGGCACUUUGCUGCUGCUCGCUCGCACUUCCUCAGAGCUCUCUCACGCCACCAGCAAUCCGCUGCCACGUGGACCUCCCUUGACGCUCCCUCCUUGGGCACAAUACCUGCCGAAGCUGCUGCACGUGGUCCUGAGAAUCCAAAGAAUCAUGAGGAUGCCGCUGCUGCCGCCUUGCAUCUGCGGGAGGUGCAAGGAGCAGCGGUGGCAGUUACGGGCGAACCAGCUGGGGGAGUUCCCCACCAGAUUGCUGCUCCCAAGGCAGCGUCUCAGAGCAAGGACUACCAGUCCUUUGCACACAACGUUGCUGCGUCUGGAUUCUCCUGGGAGGUGUUUAAGCUCCCACGGCCUGUCACGCUUCCGUCGAAUGGUGCCACGCUCCCUGCUGCUGCCACCGCCAUGCCUCCUUUCAACUCAGGGCCUAACAGUCACCAGCAGCAGCAGCUCCCGCAGCACUGGCAGCACCAGCUGCAGCAACCACAUCAGGCUUGGCACGGGCGGCAGCAACAGCAGCAGCAGCAGCAUCAGCAGCAGCAACAGCAGCAGCAGCAUCAGCAGCAGCAACAGCAGCAGCAGCAGCAACAGCAGCAAGUGGCGCAUAGAUCCAGCCAUGCUUUGGGUGGGAUUCAGCAACUGAGUCAUGUGCUUGAGGCUGAAAAGAGGAAGCAGGAGGCUAAUGGGACCCCUCAGAUUCUUGGAUCAGUAUUGGACGCGUCCAAGGGUAAGGAGGCUGGGAAGGCAGCCAGUGGUUCAGUUCAGGGCCUGCAUAUCCCAGGCAGGUUGAAUGGUACUGUGCUGAGUGUUUUAAGAAGGCAUUGCGAGGCGAAUGGGCGGAAGGAGAUGGUUGGUGCGGUAGCAGAGAGGGUCUCUCAGAAUGGUGCUGGUGAAAUCCCUGCCGCUGCUGCUGCUGCUGCUGCUGCUGGCGCUGCCACUGCUACUAAUGCCACCAAUGGCACCAGUGGCACUUGGCAUCCAACAUCUGGUCACAGGAAUGGGAUGAUAGAAGCAGCACAAAUGGCUGUGAAGUCCUCAGCCAACCCAACAUGGCUGAAUUCACCCAACUCUGCGCUACCCCUCGCCAACUCAGCAAUGGCCAAUGCAUCUUCAGGUGCCAGCAUGACGCCGAAGCGGAGAGUUCUGCUGGACUUGGAAAUGCCAGCUUGUGAGCUCUCAGAAACAGAGAGCGGAGGGAACACUCCUCUGGGAGCAAGCACUCCUUGCAGUAAUUUCCCUGGCGGAGGUAAUGCACUUGCCGGUGGGAACGGUUUUAUUGGAAGUGGUAAUGCAGCAGCAGGCCAAGUGGGUGGAGUUAGGUCACAACAACCAGAGGCUGGUGUAUUGGAGCAUGCUGCUGAGCGUGCAGUGAAUGGGUUCCACAUGGCACCGCGCAGUGCAGGAGGCAGGGAUGCAGGGUCGGAUCGGAACCGUCUUCCGGACCUCAAUGAUUGGCUGACGGCAUCUUGA